CGCUACUACGAACUGAUAACACCAACAACAUUGCAAACUUUCCCUGUAUCACCGAACUAUUGGGUCUUAUUUCGAUUACUGUAUUGUUUUUUCCUUUCAAUCUAAAGUUUUACAAUGAGUGCGGAAGAAGUUGCGAAAGCAUUUGUGGGUCACUAUUACCAAACAUUCGACAGCAAUGUCGAAGGACUUCGAGGGCUAUUCGUAAGUUUCUCGUCAUAGAAAAUCGGCCGAGCUAUCAUUCAAUCUAGUUGCCACCAGCUACUAUGCCGAUUUGAUCCAUAAUUUACGCACACCCUGAUUUUAGAUGUACUUUGAUUCUUACACUAGCGUCUUUUCUUGUGCAAUCUUCCAAACUAACAACGACGUGAACAUAUCGAAUUGAAUACUCAUGUCCUUUGUUGUAGAAUGAUAAGUCCAUGAUGACAUUUGAGGGAAAUCAACUCAUGGGUGCGUCGCCAAUCCUGGAAAAACUUAAGAGUUUUGGACAAACGAAGCAUAAUGCAAAGACGAUGGACAUCCAACCAGCUAUUGACGGCGCAUCCAUUGUAAUUUUUGUCACUGGAAGCAUUGAAAUUGGUGGGCCUGGGAACCCGCUGCACUUCAGCGAAUUCUUUUAUUUGGUGAGCUCUGGGCCCGGCCAAUAUUAUGUCCACAAUGAUAUCUUUCGACUCAACUAUGGAUUGUAGAAAACAGAACCUCAAACAAUAAACCCGGAGAACGUACUAAACAAGCGAUUUGUGGGUGACUGCCAGUGUUCAUUUCUUCGUACUUGAAGACUUUUUUGAGAUGGCACUAAUUUUGGAGGAAGGAUAUACUGUGAGAUAUACAUCUGAGUGGAUUGGACGUAACUGCCCCAAUAGAUUGAUUACUGAAUAUUCCGAUGUUUGUCUCGGGUGAUUCUCCGUUCACAAACACGCUAUCUUCGCCUUACGCUAGAUUGAAACGACUACAGUUUGUAUGACUACUUUGUUGUCGCAUAACAUAGAGUUGGAAUACUGAGAUAGACAAGUUAGAA